AUUAACUCCAAGGAAGGAAUAGAGCCCAGGCUUGUCAUUACUUAUGCUUGUCUAGGCUCCAAACUAUACCGCUCUUUGGUCACGCGACCAACCUUGUUUAGCAACACUAUCUGCUACUACAGAAUAACUCUAAACUCUCAGAAAUGCCACUUUUGUGCUUCAAAUGUGUGUUUAUCAAAAACAGACGUGUAUUUGUAUGUGAUCAGGUCUGCUAAACUAGGAGGCACUCAGCUUUUAUGUCAGCACUGACCGGGGGGUAUAUCCUUAAUUACCUCCUGGAAGUAUGGACAGCAAUCCUGUAACUGAGGCAUGGGAAAGAUACACGGAACAAGGCUCUAUAACGCGUACAUUAUAUCUGGUUUUAUACGGAAAAUACUGUGGUUGGCUUGUGCUAAUUACUACAUAUAGAGUUAUCUAUUUAAUUUUUAGGCACAAGGCUAUUAUCUCAACAUUAAAAGGAAAAUGUGAAUAUGAAUUGGGUUUGUAAAUCUCUGCAACAUCUGCAAAAUCGAUGAACUGUAGCCUGAGAACAUCCUUUAUAAGGCUCUGGC